AUGGCUAAUGCUUAUCUGAGAAUUGGUUUUAAGGGAAGGGCGAGAGAAAUGCUUCGUAGAACAGAGGAAUUUAAGGAUCCUGAGUCGUAUGUGGAGCUCAUGAGGCUGUAUGGUAAAGCAGGAACGAGAAUAGAUGUUUACCGUAUAUGGGAUCUGUACAAGAAGACAAGAAAGCUAGACAAUGAAGGUUUUCGAGCUUUGAUUGGUUCUCUACUGAAGCUAGGUGAUUCAAGAGGAGCAGAGGAGAUGGACUGCAAAGAGUGGGAGUGUUCGGGUCUUGAGUUUGAGGUCGGUAUCUCGACAAUGUUGGCGUCUGGUUAUCGCGAGAAGGGAAUGGUGGACAAGGCAGAUCAACUGAUGAAGAAGACUAUGAGGAACAGAGAAUUGGUUGGACCAAUCACUCCAUUGCUUGAGGAAUGGGGGAAUCAAGUGAAGCCGUCAGAUUUGAGGGACCUAAUCAAGAAUCUAAGUGAUUCGAAUCAGUUCUCGAAAGCACUUGAAGCAUCAUCAUGGAUGUGUGAAAAAGGAGUGGCUAAUAUUUUUCCUGAAGAUUAUGCAGCUAGGUUUCAUCUGAUUGAGAAAGUGUUGGGUUUGGAAGAAGCAGAGAAGUUUUUCAAAACAAGCAUCCCUGAGAACAUGAAGAAUUACUCUGUCUACGCUACGUUCUUAACCUCGUACACAAGAUCUUGCAAAACUGUAAACAAAGCAGAGUCCACUUUCGAGAAGAUGAGAGAGCUCGGUUUCCUCUACAGACUUUCACCAUUCAACUCGAUGAUAUCUCUCUACAUUGAGCUAAGAAAACGAAGCAAGGUCAACAAGCUUCUAGUGGAGAUGAAGGAUAACAACAUAGAGCCCGACAAUGUCACCAAGAACAACGUUUUGAGAGUCAACGCGUACGUUUUAGCCAUAGAAUCGAUGGAGAAGCAUAUGAGCGAAUGGGUUGGAGAUGAGAAACUCAAGCUUGAAGUAAAAACGAUGGAUGUAAUGGCAAUGGCAUACGAAAUAGAAGGGUUGACUCUAAAGGCGAUAGAGAUAACACCGAGUAAAAAUCAAGUGUACCGUCUUUGGAAUGAGUACAAGAAGAAGGGAGAGAGAGAGAUUAAAACUAGCUCCUUUUGGAAUGAAGGAUAUCAAAGUGUGAUUAGAGCUUUGUUGAAGCUCAAGGACCUCAAAGGAGCAGAAGAAGUAUAUGGAGAGUGGAAUUCAUCAGAAGGAACCAAGUUCGAUGCUCGGAUACCGGAUUUGGCGGUGGCUGGGAGCAUAAUCUUUUUUUUUAUGCUACUGUUGUAUUGGCUAGUUCUAGAUUUGUUUGCAUGA